CAAACAUCGAUGGCAAUGGAUACUCAGCUGCGGUCUUGGGCGAUGAAAGUACUUUUGCCAAGGUGGAUGUCUAAAAAUCAACACGUCGUUGCUAUAAUAGAGGAUCUCCAGAUUUAUUGAAAUACCAUCCGUUGCCUCGACAUUUUGGACGACUUGUUAGUAAGAAUCCACACUACAGCAGCAACCCAGAUUGUAUCCUUCCGAAUCCUCGACAUCCAUACAGGGGACAAGCUCUAAUAAAGUAUCACUCAUCCUCAUCACGAUGGUGUCUUCUCUCCUCUUGGUCGGGUCCUUGUUCGGCCUUACCCAAGCAGUCUCUCUACCCUUGACUACAAGAAGCACAAAUUCCACCAAAGCCUUUAGCUGGGUUGACACAAAACCAACAAGAGACCUGCAAUACCACGACUGUGGCGACGGCUUUCAAUGCGCCCGACUCGAAGUUCCACUCGACUGGUCAAACCCAACCAAGAACAGCACUGCGUCGAUUGGCAUCCUCAAGCUCCCGGCCACAGUUCCGAAUGACGACCCGUCCUUCGCCGGCAGUAUUCUCAUCAACCCCGGCGGUCCGAGCGGUUCUGGCACAGGUUUUGCUUACUCCUUUGGACCCAUCUUGCAGAAAGUCCUUGGCCAGGACCGCAACUAUGAGAUCAUUGGGUUUGAUCCUCGUGGUGUCAACACAAGCACGCCUCGCGCGGACUGCUUCAAGGGCGACCAGUUCGCCCGCAGGCUUUCUCAGGAGCGCGACUCCGUUCUACCCCCGAUUGAUGACGCCCUUGGCUAUCAUUGGGCCGACGCUAAUGCUCAGAGUGCUCUCUGUGAAGAGAAUGGUGUCGAUAGUAUCUGGGGUCAUAUGAACACCGCGUCCGUUGCCCGCGACAUGGUGGGGAUUAUUGACCGCAUUGAUGACCUGCGCUGGAAGGAGUCAGGCAAGGCCAAGCCCAAGGAUGCUGAGGCAGCUCGCCUGCAGUACAUUGGCAUUUCAUACGGAACCUACCUGGGCAACACCUUUGCGUCAAUGUUUCCUGAGCGAAUUGGCAGGAUUUGGAUUGAUGCUGUCGUUGACGGUGACGACUGGGCUGCUGGUACCUUCCGAAACAAUAUCAACGACGUCGAGAAGAUCGUUGACCAAUUUUACGCCGUCUGUUUUGAAUCCAAGGAAGACUGCCCCCUUUUCCAGUCGUCCGACAAGUCCGGAUCAGAUGUCAAAGCCCGUGUCGCCGACUUUCUCAACGAGAUGGACACCAACCCCGUCUACUUCGCCUACAAUGACCGCCCGGCAGUUUUGACAUCGCCAAUCAUUCGCCAGGCGAUUUUCUCUGCCAUGUACACUCCCUUGGUCUCAUUCGAACCACUGGCUCUGGGUCUCAGCGCCCUUUUGAAUGGGAACUCAUCCGUUCUCGCAAACUUCUUAACCCCCGAAUCCAUCAAGCUCGUCUGCGACCUGGAGAACAAUGAGCUUCCUCAGUACAACUGGGAUUCUGACGUUUUGUCUGGUGUUCUUUGCACCGACAUUGUAGAUGACGUGGCCAAUCGCAACAUCUCCUUCUACGAAAAUUUGCUUAACGAAUUGAAGAACCAAUCCGAGACAACUGGCACUGCUGUAACCGGAGCAGUCCCGAUCUCCUGUGCCGGCCGCAAGAUUCGCCCGCCAUACGCGUUCACGGGACCUUUCACAAGCCCUGCCGCCAACGCCAACGACACCAAGGCCCCCGCUGCACCGCUCUUGAUCACCUCUAGCCGUUACGACCCAAUCACUCCUCUCAGAAACGCCCUGCACGUUCAGAAGGGACAUCCUGGCUCGGCUGUGGUGAUUCAAGAGACUUCCGGACAUGGCGCGACGUCUAACCCAAGCGUUUGUCUCGUCAAGAUCGUUCGGGAUUACUUUUACGAGGGCAAGCUGCCUGAGAGUGGUACCGUCUGUGAGUCGGUAUGUAAGCCGACGAUUCCGGCUGAUAAGGAGAACUGCACCUCCAUUCUCAGCUCCAGAGAUGUGGAUUAUAUGUUGCCGCCAUUGGGAGAGUUCCACUGGUUCUAGUUGAAGAAUAUAGAUUAUUCUAUUUGAUUCAACAGAAGUCAUUACUCAAGCGUAAUCUCAGCGUAAUCUCAACUUUAGUGUUCUUAUGACAAGCAUUCUUCUAUAGAUAUGCCAACAAGUCUUAUGCAAUCUAUUCCCUCUAAUACGACAUGUCUCGCAAUCAAAGCAAGGUUGUGUGAGAGUACUUAAGCUCAAGAAUUAGCAUGGUGACAAGAGAAUCUUGAUUAGCUAGUUUUGGGCAAAUGCCGUAGAGGUUGACUAAGAAUGAUCUUCAGCCACUCACAUCUACCACACCAUUCAGGCCACUCAACCGCGAGUCUCACGGUCUGCAACACAGUCUUUAUAGUCGACGUAACCUCCUCAUUCUAACACUAAAACGGGGCUUCAGUCCCUCAAACACUCUGGCCCAGCGGUUGAAAUGGACC